CGGAAAGAGCGGGUGUACGGAAGGGCGGCAGAGCGGCAGAGCGGAUGCUGCUACAAUGCAACCGCAGCGGUAUAUAUCCCAGGAGAACGAUUUUGGCAGCUCUAUGUUAGUCUAAAAGCUCCUUGCCUCAUCUGCUCAUUAAAGCCUUUUUUCAAUAUGCAGUCCUUCCUUCAGUACCGACGGCUCCGCGGAGACCUGCAACAAAGCAUCAAGUUGCAUGGCCCGGAUGCCGCUGGGGAUCCUCGCUCACAACCCACUGGGGACAUUUUGGAGGACAUUGAUGACGCUCGGUUUGAAAGACAGCUCAUGUCCAAUGACCCAAGCAUCGUUAUACCUCCUUCAAUUACUCACGCCGCCCGUUCACCUCAAGGAGUGUCCGGGAUUGUAUUGCAUAACGGGCAAAAAGUAACCGUACCCGGCGUCAGCGUCCAAUCUGCAGCCGACAUUGGACAUUCCGAUGAGAAUGCAGUUUUUAUCGUGGGGUUCGAUGGCCCGGACGACCCGUUUAACCCCAAGAAUUGGACUCUAGGGCGAAAGUGGACAACAUUGGGCAUUGUUGGCACAACAGGCUUCCUAGUCGGUUGGGCUUCAUCCAUCGACUCUGCGGUGAUUAAACAGGGAGAGGAAGCAUUCGGGGUCAGCGAGGUGACCGAGUCUCUGGCCACUGCGCUAUAUCUGAUUGCAUUCGGAUUCGGAUCUCUUGUGGCGGCGCCUUUCUCGGAGACCGUGGGACGCAACCCUGUCUACCUAGUGACCCUGUCGGUCCUCAUGAUUUUCAUCAUGGCAUCUGGUCUGUCUCCAAACUUGGGCGCCCAGCUGGCAUUCCGCUUUAUUGCCGGUCUAUUCGGAUGCACGCCAUUGACGACAUUUGGCGGCAGUAUGUCAGACAUCUUCGAUCUUCUAGACCGCACUUAUGCAUUUCCGGUGUGUUGUGCAUUAUCUUUCUUGGGGCCAUUUCUCGCUCCAAUGGUCGGUGCAUUCAUCGGCCAAAGUUCAGCCAUCAGCUGGCGUUGGUCCGAAUGGACAUCCUUGAUCCUUGCUGGGCUGAUCACAAGCUCCAUCUUUCUCUUCGUUCCCGAGACCUAUGGCCCCGUACUUCUACAAUGGAAGGCUCGUCAUCUCCGCGCCAUCACUGGCGACUCUCGUUUCAUGGCUGAGAUGGAGCUGCGCCAAACCACGCUGCCUAUUCGGCUGCUACAUAGCUGCUCCCGCCCUUUCAAACUAUUCUUCGGGGAGGUCAUGGUAGCUCUUUUCACAAUGUACCUGGUCGUCGUAUACAUCGUCCUCUUCGGCUUCCUCACCGGUUACGAGUUCAUCUUCGGUCGCACAUACGGAUUUUCUCAGGAAUCCGUGGGCUUGACAUAUAUCGGCAUGAAUGUGGGUUUCUUGAUUGCUCUCGCCACAAUUCCGCAUGUUUACACGUCGUAUAAAAGACGAUUGCAAGCAGCCAAUGCCAACGGUCAAUCCAGUCUCCCACCCGAAGAGCGACUCUGGUACGCCAUGUAUGGCGCGCCAUGGCUUCCAAUUUCUCUUUUCUGGAUGGGAUGGACUAGUUAUCCGUCUAUAUCGUACUGGUCGCCUCUUAUCGCGUCUGUUGCGUUCGGGUUCUCCGUGCAGGGCAUCUUUAUAUCCAGCUAUCAGUAUCUAAUAGAUACGUAUGAGCUCUUCGCCGCCAGUGCUCUUGUGAGCGCGACAUUCAUGCGAUAUCUAGCCGCGGGGGCAAUGGUCAUUGUGUCGAUUCCGAUGUACACCAACCUGGGUGUCCAUUGGUCGCUUACGCUACUAGGAUGCAUCUCACUGGUGAUGACACCGGUACCAUAUGUCUUCUACAAAUUUGGGCAUGUAGUUCGGCAAAGGAGCAAGACCGCCGCAGCUCCGUAGAUGCCUGGAUGGUGUCGUCUCCAUAAGGGACUGACUGACUGACUGGUUGAGUAGUUCUACUCCCUGGUAUUGGGCUACCAUCGGCAUUGGGAUAGUUCAGGCAGACAUAUGCUUGAUACACACAGACAGUAUAGCAAUCUUACAAGUCUAUUCUUGAUUAGUAC